AUGAGCCGCGCGGGGUACGAGCAGCAAGCCAUGCUGCGGCCGCGGGACCUGGGCCCGGGGGCGUCGACGCGCACUUUCCUGGAGGCCAUGAGCGCGGGCCGCCUGCACCUGGCGCGCUUCGUGCUGGACGCCGUGGACGGCACCAUCGUGGACUGCCGAGCCGACCGCGGGCGCACGCCGCUCAUGCACGCCGUGGCGCUCAAGGACCCCGCGUGGCGAGUGGCCUUCGCCCGGCUGCUGCUGGAGCGCCGCGCCGCCGUCGACCUGCGCGACGACGCCGGGCGGAGCGCGCUGAGCCUGGCCUGCGAGCGGGGCUACCUGGACGUCACCAAGCUGCUGGUCCAGUACGGCGCCGACCCGGACGCGGCCGACUCGCGAGGCUGGAACCCGCUCAUGUACGCCGCCUGGCAGGGCCGCGCGCCCGUCGUCGAGUGGCUGCUGCGCUCCUUCCGCCGCCUCGGCCUCUGCCUCGAGCGCGCCGACCGCGCGGGCCGCACCGCGCUGCAGCUGGCCGCCAGCGAGGGCCACGGGCGCUGCGUGAGGGCGCUGCGGGCCUCCGGAGCCUUGAUCCCUGAGCUGCCCGAGCCGGCGGCGGCGGCCCCCGGCGACGGCCCGGCGGCCCCUCGCUCGCCUCGCGGGGACGGCGGCGCCCACAGGCGGGAGCAGGAGGACGACGGCGACGACGAGGAGCAGCAGCAGCGGGGCCCAGACGCCGCCGCGGCGCAGCACGGCUCCGAGGCGGGGAGAGGGGGCGCCUCGCUGCGGGGCCGCCCGCUGAUCCGCAGGGCCACGGCGCCCGACUGCCAGAGCCUGCUCGGCUACUAG